UUCUUCAUAACCAAUUUUAUUAGCAUAGCGUGGUAAAACGUGCGCGGAUGGAUCAAGUUUCAAGUAAUUCACUCUGCUGGGUACGCGGCGGCAAAAUCGAGGAAAUAGUUUGGAUCGGCAGAGACGUGUUCGCCUGGUGCACCGGCUUAUAUAUCAUCUUCUUUCACACCAUCACGAGGCAGCAAACGCUGCGUUGGUGUUGGAACAAUGCGACUGGCGAUGGUGCUCAUUGUAUAUCCGGUCACGUAUUCUCGCCGGUUUUCGCCUUCUCCGAGAGAUCGCUAAAUCCACGAAUUCUUGUCCUCGCGUAUCCCUCGAUGACAAAAAUCUGCGAGUGCGUUGAAGGAUGCGACAGCGGUUAUCUGGCGAUCGCGUUCACGUCGGACGACUAUCUCGUAUCGUUGGGUUCUUAUCCGAAUUUCCCGAUGAUCGUGUGGCGCUGGAAAACAGGAGAGAAGAUCGCGAUCGUUAACACGUCCAUACGCGACGAGAUCGGGCAGACAAUCAGGAUAACUCCGAACGGACGCACCAUCGUUGGUCAAAUGGGAAAAACAUGCGGAAAAUUAUUUACCUGGGAGCUCGAUGUCAUCGAUAAAAUCAUUAUCUUAAAAGAUCAUGAAAUAAAACUGCCGGGAGAAGUUAUGAUUCGUGGAAUGGAUUGGUGCUCGGAUACACCGAAUAAUCCGCUAUUGACUGUCACCGAUGUGCACGGUCACGUUUACUUGAGCAACUAUGAUGGUACCAGUGUCCGCCGCAUUGUUUUCUCGCAACGUUGCGAGAAUGUCGAGACGCCAGCUGUAUUCUGGUUUCGCGGUGGUAUCAUUCUCAAGACAACCUUCUGUCAGAUCCGCUAUUUCAAGAAGGAACCGACGACCGACACCUGGCGCAAGCAAUGGCACGUCAAGUCGACCUGCAAACUCAAUAUUCUAGUCAUGCAUCCUUUCAAGAAUUGGCUCUUCUAUCACACUCUUGAGGGAUAUCUGAUGCAAAUGGUGAUUCCCGAAAACGGGACUACCGUACCGAUGAUUUAUCGAUAUCUGCAUCAUGGCGGUAGGUACCGUUUCGUCGACUUCUUGCAUCCCUGGUGUCAUCAUCUUGCGGCAAUAGACGAUUUCAAGGAGUUGAAUAUUCUCGAGAGUUAUAGUGGCAGUGAGGUCUCCAAAGUAGAGCUCGACAUGGAAGGUGAUAUAUCGGCUCAAAUCUCGCAUCCGGACGAUCCCCUGAUCGUCGUUGUCAGCAAUCGGGGUGAGAUGAUAAUCGUGGGUGUUACCGAUCCAGAGCGACCAAUGAUACUAGCGUAUUUUCGUCUCCAGAAGAACCCAUUAGGUCUCAUAAAAUUUUCCCAUUCCGGCAAAUUUCUGAUUGUCGCGCAGAAGGAGACAGGCAAUUGCUAUUGCGUGAAUCUGCAAUAUGACACGCCAUGGAACGUGGUAGCUCAGCUCCAAGCUAAGAAUCGUCUCGCCGACGUGAUACUAUAUGACGACGAAGUGCAUGGGAACCUGAAGGUGCUCAUGCUUCAUGCCAAGCAUGAGCCAUUUAGUUCAGUGGGCCAGCAGCUGUUCGUGUACAACGUGUCAUAUCCCAUCGUAAAUCGACGUCUGAUCAGCAAUAUUGCCGAUGUCAUAACGCUGCCCGCGUUCUUUUGCGAGCUGUGUCACGCGCCUGGAAACGAUGAUUCUCAGGUGUUGAUAGGCUCACCUUAUCUCGAACGACAGCUACAUACGCUGAAACUAAGACACUUUAAGGACGUAACUUCGAUGGACGCAGCGCUGACGGGCCACCACGUGCGACUUGCCCGUGUCUUCGCCAAUCGACGUUGGAUCGUCACAUGUGCUUACGACGGACUGAUAAUUAUUCGCGACAAAACGAUACAGCAGAUCGUCGCCGUGGUACCGGCGCAUCACAGACUCGAUUCGGGCAGCCGUAAGGCGAUUAUUAAUCUCGAUGGUAGCGCAACGGUCGCUCUUGGUCACGAUGGUUCCUUGGUUGCGACGCACAUUCGUUGUGAGAAUAAACAAAAGAGCAAAAUGGUCUCGACUGAAACCGAAAGCGUUUACUUAGUGGACCACCAACGAUAUGAAAACCGAAAGGAGAAGAUACUUUCGGAUUACGCCUCCCUGGAUCCGGCGAUCCGUGCCUCGUUGACUCGAGUCAGAGUAGACUUUCCAGCAGCCGGCGAAACGGGAUUCGCAACCUGGGAGGAAUGGCGGCAGGACGCGCAGCUGCAAGAGGAAACGAGAUUCCACGCCGCGGAGAAGGCCGCCAUUGUGAAGGAUCUGACAACAUUGAAGGCCACCGUGAAGCGGCUCCUCGACGCCAACGAAAGCUGUCCGGAGAUGGAGAGGUUACCGGUGUCUGCGUUUGAUCUGAACAGGGCGGGUCGCGAUCGGAGAUUGAAGACGGCCAAGGACGAGCGCGAGGACGUUCGCAUGGAGCUCGAAUAUCUUUGUGCCGCGAUGGACCGCGUGGCCGGUUGGUUGAGAGCGACCUUCUGGGAUCCGCAAAUCGUCUUGGGUCGCUCUAUAUUCUCCCUCCGCGAUGACACGGAGGUGACGAAUUAUCCGAUGACCGCGGAAGAUCCAUAUUUCAAGGAGCACCUACGAUGGGCGCAAUUCGCCAGGGACUCGAUACGCAGCAUCGUAUUCGACACCUUCCAGCCGUGGCACAGCUACACGGAUGAGCAACUACGAGCGGAAUUGAGCAAGCUCGUCCGACUGUACCACGAGGAAGAGCGACGCAAGACGGAUCUGCUCCUGGAAGAGGAGGAGCGCGAGAUCGAUCCCGCGGAACUAGCAGAGCUGCGGGCGGUCGACGGCAUGACGACGCAUCGGUUCGUCGAGCAAUCGCCUUAUUAUUACUCGCAGAUGGAGUCCUACGGAUUCGCGCACGUGAUGUUAGACGAUCGUUAUCUGAUGCACGACUACCUCAAGCUCCUUACCUACUUCAACAGGCUCUUCGAUGACAUGUACGCGGUGAAGGAGCGGGAAAUGAACGUGAUACAGGAGAGGAACGAACGGAUACGUCAUAUAAACUCCGAGUUGAGGAUAAUGUUCGACCAGAGUGUUCCGCAGAUUCCUGUUGAUCCGCAGUGGCACCCCAAGGAGAAAGCAGAGAGCAUUGUUGAAGUGCUUCAUUAUGAAAUCAAAGCGAUACCAUAUGUAUCGCCGUCACAGCAGGAAAUUCUGAACAAACAAGCGGCGGAAGCCGAACAAAUCAGACAAUUAUUGCUGGCCGAUGAUUUCCGCGAGCGUGCUUUGAUGAAGAUGAUGGACGGCAUGUUGGAGAUUCAUUGGGAGGAUAUCAUCAAGAGAGAUAUUCGCCAGCCCGCGUGUAUGCUGGAGAAACAGCCGGAGCAAUACACGCCUAGCGACAUUGCGGCCGUAAAAAAGUACAAAACAGACGUGGAUAUGCUUCGGGAAGAACGAGAACGUUACAAAAGGAUGCUCGAGGCUGAUUACGCGAAGAUUAACGGACUUCUUCAGGAAGGCAUCGACAAAUUCGACGCUAAACUGAAUGAAUUUUUUCAGCUAAAAUUAAAAAUUGAAGCGGCGAUAAACCAACUAAAGUUACGACAUAUUCGCGGUCGUAUGCGUAACUUAGCACGAAUCGAGGCUAUAAAAGAAGACGAUAGAAUAAAACGAGAAAUAUCCGAGAAGUGUCGCUACGAAGGUACAUUGGAAGAACACACACGGAAGCUGCGCGACAUUUAUCAGGACAUGCUCGCGCAACACGAUGCACUCUGCACUUAUGAGAAGACAAUGAUGAAGAAGUUCCAGCAUGAUAUCGUCUCAUUGUCGAAAGCCAAUGUCGAGUUUCUUGGACGGCAGUAUAAGCAAAGACCGCGGGUAUCUUUGAAGAACAUUGAGGCCAGCGACCUGCUCAAUCUCGCCAACUAUCUUGUAGAUCGCAUCAAGCCAACUUAUUUACCAGCUGAAUGCAUGGAUUACGCGAAGAGUCUCGAGAAUUUGGACGUAAGGUCCACUGGGUUGCCGCAAUCGAUUGACGCAAAUCACUGGGACCAUCUGACACAAUCGCGCCGCCAAAAGAUCAAUAUCGAAAUGAAGAUCAAGGCUCAGCAACUACAGAUAGCUGCAGUGGAGCGGACGAUCGCUGUGUUCGAGGGUAAGAUCGAUGUAUGUAGAUCGAGCAUCGUCCUCCUGAAAGAUCAGCUGAAGAAAACGAGGGAUGAACGGAUGAUGCGCGAGCAGGACGCGGAGAUUCAGCUGGUGCUGAAGAGAGGUCAAGUGGAGCUGAAACUGCAGGGUGAACGACGCGACGCCAUGGAUGCUGUUUUGGUGCCACGUGGUGAGAUUGAGCGGAUCAACGAGCACAUUUGUGUCGCGGGUGCACGCAAGUUGGAUGUCCUGAAGCAUAUAAUUGAUUUCCGUCAUGGGAUGCUGUCGAUCGAGUGGGAGCACCGUUGCCUGAAGAUGCGCUUCAAGGAGCUGGAGGAGGAGUUGCGCUUUAUAGAAGAUGUCGUAGUCACCCGGGAUAUGCGCACCUACCUGAAGAGGAAGGCAAAAGGGCUACGUGACGAUAAAACUGCAGUACAUCUCGAAAAGGAAAUUGAGUCUACGAAGAAGUCUCUGGACAAAGCCUUGUCCAAGGAGAGGAGUAAACUGGAGAAUCUCCGACGGAAGAUUGCCGGCGUGAAGAAAAACAACGCCGAGCUUGAUCAAACCAUCACCGAGAUGAACGUGGCGAAAUGGGAACUGGAACACCAGUACGAUGUUAUUGGGGAGAUGAGAGAGCGCGAACAUAGGGACCGGAAGAUGCGUCUUUUCAAGCAACGGUCUGACUUGGUUAGAAAGCUUCAAGACAAUUACACAGAGCUCCUGGCACUGCAGACCGAGCAUGAAUUGUUACGGUUGCGAACGUAUCCCAUGUUGGAGUAUUUUCGAACGUUGGACGAAUGCUAA